GUCACCGUGGAGCAAUAAGUACGACCCGCCCCUGGAAGAUGGAGCCAUGCCGUCCGCUCGUCUACGCAAGCUGGAGGUCGAAGCCAACAAUGCCUUCGAUCAAUACCGAGACCUGUAUUUUGAAGGAGGCGUGUCCUCGGUGUACCUCUGGGAUCUGGACCACGGAUUCGCUGGUGUGAUCCUCAUUAAGAAAGCUGGAGACGGCUCCAAGAAGAUCAAAGGCUGCUGGGACUCCAUCCACGUGGUGGAAGUACAGGAGAAGUCCAGCGGCCGCACUGCCCAUUACAAACUGACCUCCACUGUGAUGUUGUGGCUGCAGACCAACAAGACCGGGUCUGGCACUAUGAACCUCGGGGGAAGCCUCACCCGACAGAUGGAGAAAGAUGAAACUGUGAGCGACUCUUCCCCGCACAUAGCAAAUAUCGGACGGUUGGUAGAGGACAUGGAGAACAAAAUCAGGAGCACCCUGAACGAGAUCUACUUCGGAAAAACCAAGGACAUAGUCAACGGCUUGAGGUCCGUUCAGACGUUUGCAGACAAGUCAAAACAGGAGGCUUUGAAGAACGACUUAGUGGAGGCUUUGAAGAGAAAACAGCAAAGUUAAAUGUCUCCCCCCUCCCCCGCACCCUUUUUUCAUUUCUUACAAAAUCGUCAAACCCCACCCCCCACCCUUCCCCCGGUCCGUCAUUUUUUUUUUUCUUUUUUUUUUUACUCGUCAAGUCUGCAGCCCCCCAUACAUAGCCAAUUUAGCGCAGUCCACUCCUGUUAAAUAAAGUUGUAUGAAUCUUUAAAAUAAAAAAGUCUAAGGGGGAGGUCUUUUACUGCAGCGUCACCCCCCCCCCUCCCUGACCUCACAUUUUGUGCUAACCCCCGCCCCCCUUCUUGCAGACAGGCCCCUCCCCUGCGGAAUCUUCAUUUAUAACAGGAUUGGCCGACUUUCUGGCCUGCCGGCAGACUGCCAGGGCAUGCUGGGACUUGUUAGUUCAUCGCUUUGUGGCAGGCCGCUAGUUGUCCGCGCCUUCUGUAUACUGCACAUACGUUUAACCCCCAGAGCGCCGGAACCCCCGCUACCUUUUUUUUUUUUUUUUUAAAGAUGGCUGACUUUUUGAAUGGCGGAAGUGAAGACUCGAUCACUGGAAGAACGGCUCCCUCUGUCCCGUCUUUAUCUUUUAUGAUUUGUUUUUCCUGGUGACACUCUGGGAACAGCUUUAGUUUAUUUUUUCUUUGUUUUGUUAUAUAUAUUUUUUUGUAAAGCUUUAAGUCUUCUUUAAGAGCCUUCCUAUACUAACAAUAAAAUGAUUGGAAAUACCUGG